AUUGAAAUCAUCCUGAGCUCUUGACACAAAGCAUUCUAAAACAUAAGAAUUUUGCGAAAUAGCAAAAUUUUACGUCCGACAAUGUUUGGCCUUUUCAGAUGUGCUCAACCGCUUUUAGGAAAAUUUCAAAACUGCAGAAAUAACAGUCGUGGCCUCAAGGUCACCGUCGUUGGUGCAGUCGGAGGCAUUGGGCAGCCGCUUUCCCUCCUGCUGAAGCUCAAUCCGCACAUCGAAUCGCUGGCACUGCACGACCUACAAAGUACUGAUGGAGUGGUGAUGGAUCUGUCGCACAUCGACACCCCGGCGACGGCCUGCCCCUUCGAGGGUGGAGACGGAAAGAGCCUGAGGAAGGCAAUGCUAAUGGCGGACAUUGUGGUGAUUCCGGCCGGUCUGCCCCGCAAGCCAGGAAUGAACCGGACCGAUUUGAUAAACGUGAAUGCAUCCGUGGCAGCGGAAGUUGCCCUAGCCGCCAGCGAAGUGUGUCCCGGGGCCUUUCUGGCUUUCAUCACAAAUCCAAUCAACAUUAUUGUGCCCCUGGCGGCCACAAUCCUCAAGGCCAAGUGCAACUACGAUCCGAACCGCCUCUUUGGCGUCACCACCCUUGAUGUGGUGCGUGCCAAGACCUUUGUGGGGGACUUCCUCAAUGUAAACCCGUCGAAAGUGGAUCUGCCAGUGAUCGGAGGCCACACUGGUAAAACCAUUCUCCCAAUCCUGUCACAAUGCAAGCCUGCCUACACGGGCACCGAUGAAGAACGCACGGAGUUAAUUAAACAUAUUCAGGAAGCGGGCACCGAUGUCGUCAAUGCCAAAAAGGGCGAUGGUUCGGCUACACUCUCAAUGGCCUACGCCGCCAGCCGGUUCGUCAAUUCCCUAGUCAAGGCCAUCAAGGGUAGUGAUGAACCCAUCGUGGAGUGCGCCUAUGUGGAAUCAGAUGUCACCGAAGCCGAGUUCUUUUCCACACCGCUCGUCCUUGGACCGCAGGGCAUUAAGGAGAACCUCGGACUACCCGAUAUGGAUGAUAACGAGACGCAGGCCUUGGAGGAAAUGCUGCCAGAGCUGAAAAAGAACAUAGAGAAUGGCAUUAAAUUGGGAAAGGACUUUACCGGUCAGGAUUAAUAAAUAAAUAUAAAUAGUUA